AUGGAAUCACGAGAAUAGAUUAUUUAAAAAGAAGCACAGAUUUAAUUAUUGACAAAAGUAUUUAAGCAGGAUCAAAUUUGUUUCAAGAAAUGCAUCAAAGCAGUGGAGAAAAGAUUGACUGAAGAUCAAGAAAAAUGCUUAAAAAUUUGCAACAAUAAAGUUUAAGUAGCUUAUGAUUUUUUACAUAAAUUAAACGAUAAAACAUUAGAAUGA